CAGUGGUGAUGUGACGUGAAUGGAGAGUGUAUGAGCUGCUGGGUGAAUGCCGUCACUCCACCAUACACUUCACCACACACUCCACACACUCUUCAGCAGCUGAGAUGGGGGUGAACUCGGGUCUGUUCUGUGUUCUUCUGCCUGCACUGUUCUCCUGGCUGUGUGUAAGUGUUGUGGGGGCUAACAUUGUGCUGCUAAAUGGCAGUAUGUAUGGGAGUAUACAGUCUCCAAAUUUUCCAGAACCCUACCCGAAGGAAAGUGAGGUCCAGUGGAAUAUCAGCGUUCCUGAUGGACACCAGAUUCGCCUGUACUUUAUGCACUUCGACAUCGAGCCAUCUUACCUGUGCGAGUACGACUAUGUAAAGUUGUGCUCGGAGACUGAGGAGCUGGCGGUGUUCUGUGGCAGAGAGAGCACAGACACUGAGCGGGUUCCGGCUGAUGAUAUCAUCUAUUCUCCAGGGAGCACGCUCAGUGUAGCAUUCCACUCAGACUUCUCUAAUGAGGAGCGCUACUCUGGAUUUGAAGCACACUAUAGUGCAGUAGAUAUAGACGAGUGUCGGGACAGAAAUGAUGAAGAUCUGGCCUGUGAUCACUUCUGUCAUAACUACAUCGGUGGCUACUACUGCUCCUGCCGCUAUGGGUACCAGCUCCAUUCUGACAACAGAACCUGCAAAGUGGAGUGCAGUGAUAGUGUGUACACUGAGCGUUCUGGACAGUUCACCAGUGCAGAUUUUCCGAAGCCGUACCCUAAAAGCUCAGACUGUCUGUACCGGAUCGAGCUGGAGGACGGCUUUCUGGUCACUUUGGACUUUGAUGACAGCUUUGAUAUAGAGGACCACCCAGAGGUUACCUGUCCAUAUGACCACAUUAAAAUUCAGGCAGGAGAACGAGAGUUUGGCCCGUUCUGUGGGGAUCGCUCCCCUGGCAGGAUCCAGACAGGAAGUAACAUUGUGAGCAUCCUGUUCCACAGUGAUAACUCAGGAGAGAACCUGGGCUGGAAGCUCACCUACACUGCUACAGGCAGUGAAUGUCCAGUACCGGUGGUGCCCCUGAAUGGUCAUUUUGAGUCAUUGCAGUCUCAGUAUUUCUUCAAAGAGCACAUCACAGUGACUUGUGACCCUGGAUACUCGCUACAGAAGGAUGGAGAGGAGUUUGAGCAUUAUCAGCUGGAGUGUCAGACAGAUGGAACCUGGAGCAGCAGUUUGCCUCUGUGUAAAAUGGUGGACUGUGGUCUGGUAAACGUAUCUGUAGGAGAGGUGGUGUAUCAGAACUCCAGUAACAGUACCAUGUUUGGGUCCAGCAUUAUAUUCAGCUGCAGGAGUUCUCCUACAGAAAACAGUAUGGCCAAGUUUCAUAAGUUUCAUAUAAUCUUAUAUUUUUUGUUCUGUCCUUUCUGGUCCUCUCAGUGUCUGUUGUGUGUGUGUGUGUGUGUGUGUGUGUUUAACGAAGGCACGUACACCUGUGCUCAGACUGGUCUGUGGGUGAGAGAGGAUGGAGCCACACUGCCUUCAUGUCAGACAGCAGAUGUGGGAAAUGCCACACAGCCCCAACCUGAACCUCAGCAGCUCAGCCCAACGGCCAGGACACAGCCUGCAUGUGGCGAGUCAACCAGGCCCUUCCCAUCCCAGCAGAAGCGGAUCGUGGGUGGACGGACGGCACCUCCUGGUCUUUUCCCCUGGCAGGUUCUUCUCACUGUGGAGGACACUUACCGGGUCCCUGAGGUGCAGCGGUUCGGUAGUGGCGCGCUCCUAUCCCCGUCCUGGGUCAUCACAGCUGCCCACGUUCUCCGCUCUCAGCGCAGGGACUCGUCCAUCGUGCCCGUUGCCGCUGAACACGUACACACCACCUUGGGACUGACGAACAUCCGCGAGAAACAUCUGGGGGUCAAUCGCUCAGUGGAGAGGCUCAUCCUGCACCCACGCUUCAACCCGCGCAACUAUGACAACGACAUCGCCCUGAUCAGACUCAGCCAGGAGGUGGCGCUAAACCAGCUGGUGAGGCCCGUAUGCCUUCCUCCACCGUGGGUCAGAGGUCAUGCUCCGACUCCCGUCACUAACAUGCUGGGUGUGGUGGCGGGAUGGGGGAUCAAUGCAGCCAAUACCUCUGACUCAAACAGCGGCCUGACCUCUGACCCUGGCGCCAUGUCCGAGGUCCUGCAGUACGUGAAGCUGCCAGUGGUGGCGCAGGACGAGUGUGAGGCCAGCUAUGCCUCGCGCUCAGUUGUAUAUAACAUUACCGACAACAUGUUCUGCGCUGGAUUCUUUGAAGGAGGUCAGGACACCUGUUUAGGAGACAGUGGGGGGGCAUUCGUGACUGAGGACCCCCACAGCGGGAGAUGGGUGGUGCAUGGGCUUGUGUCCUGGGGUGGGCCUGAGGAGUGCGGGAGUCAGAGGGUGUAUGGGGUGUACACUAGAGUGGCCAACUACGCCCGCUGGCUGCACACACAGAUGGACACUGACAGUGCUCAGGUGGUGAGGGAAGGAGGUGCGGAGUGAGACUUUCUUUCACACUUGUACACUUGUACGCAAAUCAGAAAAAGUUGGUACAGUACAAUGACUCAGAAUCGUACCCUGCGCAAGGUGCGUCGUGCUGCUCAUUGCUAUCUUACACACCGUCAACGCUCUCUUCCCCUGCAUCAUUUAAAUACCAAAGACGCUUAUGAAGAUAUCUACACCAAAGAGCGUGUUGGUCUGGAAAUGAAGUGUGUUCAAGGAAAUUUCUGGCUUAUUGCUAUCAUAUUUCUAUCCUGGCAGUGGAAACACAGGUGCGCCACAGUCUGAUUUGGACCCUGAGAACAGUCAAUCAUCAGCAGUGCACAAAUACAACGUUACAUCAACAAUAAACAGGUAUAUAAACUAAAAUAACAUUGCUGUUCCUGAAAAAUGACCAGCUCACACACCUUCACAAAGUGAACGAGCAGGUCUGUUUUCUCUGCUGAGAAGUGUUGGACAUGUCCAGGUAGCUGCACUGUUAAAAUACCAAUCCACCAAUCAUUAUGUUGUCCUGUUCAUCCUGCAAACAUGUCUUAAGCUGUGCAAAAGUACAAGAGUGCCGUUGUUAGAUUUUUUGUUGCAAAAUUCUACACACAUAUUUUAUACAGGGAACAGGUCAGCACUGCAGUCAGGGCAGUUCUUUGUUAUGUGUGCAGUAU